GAUGGUUUCGGCGAUUCACUGUUCAGUGACUUCGAUGCCAGUUUGGUGCAGAAUGAAGAUACAGAUUGUGAUUUUUGGCGCAUUGAUGCUGAUGACAUUUAGCAAAGGGCAGCAGGUGGAGAUAGUAGAGCAGGACCAGAACGUUAACCCUGAUGGAUCGUACUUUUACAACUAUAAGCUGACGGACGGUACGCAAGUUCAAGAGCAGGGUGUUGGUGGGAAAUCGGCCACGGGUGCUUAUAAGUUCACUUCUCCGGAAGGGGAACUGAUAGACAUCACCUAUACGGCCGAUGAAAACGGAUAUAACCCUCAGGGUGAUGCUAUUCCACAACCACCGCCGAUUCCUGAUGCAAUCUUGCGCGCCUUGGAAUACAUUCGAACGCACUCGAAACCUAGCAAAAAGCGAUAAUGUGUUUAUAGUGUUCAUCAUUUUUCGCGGUAGUGAAUGAUUGUAGAUGGUGUGAAUUCCAAAAAUGUAUAGUUGCGUUAGUUAAAUGUAAUAAUGAUAAUAUAUUGUUUGACCUGUGUUUUGUGAUUUAUGAAUUUGAUAUUGGACUCUAUGUUUGUGGUUUCGAUUUUAGUACAUAACAUUUAUGAAAGUGAGAGGAUUCGUCUCCAAAACAUUUUCAUGAUAGUGUCAUGAUCCUGUGAACCAAAUCUGAAGAAUUGAUAUAUUUUCAGUACUAAGUAUUAUAGUCAAGCGCACUGAAGAUGGUGUUUACUUAUU